AUGGAGCAACAGAGACCUCUGGAUGACUCCUUAUUGAUUCAACACUACAACGUGAGCGGCUCUCAAUGGGUAGCAAUAGCCCGCAAGACACGCACCAAGUCAGCUCAUCAAUGUGCUACACGAUGGUAUAAUGUACUACGCCCUGGAAUUAACAACGGACCGUUUACUGCUUUUGAACAUGAUCUAGUCAGACAACUGUACAAAGAGUAUGGACCCAGAUGGAAGAGAAUUUGUUCGGCCGCUUUCCCUAAUCGCACUCCAAGGAUGAUAAAAGACAGCUGGGAGGAGACACAGGCAGAGCUAAACCGCAUUCAAGUCGACAUUGUCUUGUUCGGCAUUGUUUUUGCUUUUGCUGUUCGGCUUCAAAGUAAGACUACCAUGGAGAAAUGGAGUUCUCUGGAAGACACUGCCUUGAUUACUCUUUACCGUAUGUACGGCCCCCAGUGGGUAACGGUCUCCCGUAUCUUAGAGUCCAAGUCUGCGCAUCAGUGUUCACAUAGGUGGCAUAAUGCACUGCGCCCUGGAAUCAACAAAGAGCCAUUCACUACCUUCGAACAUGAUACAGUUAGUCAGCAAUACCGUGUUCAUGGCCCCAGGUGGGCGAGGAUUUCUGCAAACCUUCCUGAUCGCACUCGAGACAUGGUAAAAGCUAGUCGGGAGGAGAUGCAAGCGGAAGAAGAACGUAUUCGAGUUCAAAUGUUAAUAGCUCGUCUACUAAACUGA